UUACAUGGGGAAAAUAUUUUCCAAAACAAGGUAAAUGAGAUGGGUUUUUAGGGAAAAUGUCUUACCGAUUUUAUUUCUGUUAGACAUUUUCUGGAAAAUCUUCUUCCAUUCUCACCAUAUUCUUUCUCGUUCUUUCGUUCUUCAUCUCUCUUCUCCUUUUUUAUCCAGUUCCCUUCUUGAAUCUCAAUCAAGGGAAGAGAAUAUUAUGAAGAUUACGGCGAGGAAAAGGAUGUUGGAAGUGGCGGGAAGAAGGUUAGAAAGGAAGAAUGUUAGAAAGGAAGAAUGGUAUAACAACGUAGAGGCCGGCGCUGGAGGAAAUACAGCUUUGGCGAGAGUAUUAGUUCCAGUAGAGAAGAAAGGAGAAGGAAGGUCAAGUGUUGACCGUGAAUCCAAUAAUCAACAACUUAUACAGUUGGAAGAAAAGGAUGUUGUGACAUCUAUGGCAAUUGUGCUUUUCGAUCUUUGUGGUCUUAGGGAAUGGAUGGCCAUGGAGAAGCUCCAUACCGAGUAAAGGAGAAAAAGACUAGACAAGAAGAAUUGGCAAUGAUCGUCACUUAAUCUGCAUAGAGGAUCCGUUUGUGGUAUCUCAUGACCUUGGUCGAGUGGUGGACAAGUUCAUCAUUAAAUUUCUAAGAGAAGAGUUUGAACGAGUGAUUGAUGUAAUGCAGUAUGAUCUAAAUCCUUGGAUAACACUCUUUGAACCUUACGUCCCUGGGUAACAAAACCUUGUCCAAGUGUGUUAGAAAAUCAAUGGUUAAAGCUAUUUGGUUGGUUUUUGUAGUCAGUGUGCUUUGCGUCCCCCAUAAUAUUCAAUUUUGACCUUUUGAGUUCACAUCCAUUUUAAAGAAGUUUAAGCUUAUUAUAUGUAAUCAAGAAAAGAAAUUUCCGAACAUUUUAUGGAUGGAUGUUAAACAAGUUGUAAUUAAUUGAUUGAUAGUGUAUACAAAAUUCCUGUAUGAUCUAAACAUAUUCAUAUCAAA